AUGGAGGACCAGAUCAACCUCGCGGAGCUGCACCAGAUGAAGCUCAAGUUCGACGCCGCGGACGAGGACGGCAGCGACGGGAUCGAGAUGGACGAGUUCAUCGAGCACUUCGGGGACAUCGUCGGCAAGUCGCUCUCGGACCUCCAACUCAAGCAGCUGUUCAUGAAGAUCGACGCGGACAGCAACGGCAGCGUGGACUGGGACGAGUUCACGAAUUUCAUGUUCCUGAAGCGUCAGACGACGGCGGGGGACGACGGGCCGGCGAUAUGGACGUACGGCGAGCGCGAAGCCGCGGACGUGAACGCGGGGGAGCCGCACGCGAACCACAAGGACGUCAUCGUCGCCAUCGCGUACGUCGGCGUCAUCGACCGGUACGUCACCGGCUCGCGCGACGGGACGUUUCGUCUCUUUCACGCGUCGGAUUUUCAACACGCCGGGACGUUUCGCGUCUCCGGCGAGACGAACGCCUGGGUCACGGACGUUAGCGUCGUCCCGAGCGAGAAGCGGACGUUCAUCGCGGUCGCCGCGAGCGAUCGCACCGUGUCCUUCUACGCGGUUCUCCUGCAGAACAAGCUCACGCUCGCGGGACGGUACGCAUUGAACGACGCGUCGAUGGGCGCGCCGACGUGCGCGACGGCGGUGCCGCUCGCGACGCCCGACGCCGCCGCGACGCCGGGCGCGUCCGCGGAUCUCGGCGCGGGUAACGCUUCCGCCGCGUCGGUUACAUCGACCACCCACCCGCACGGCCCGCACCGGUUCAUGUGGGGCGACAGCGGGGGCACCGUGCGCGCGCUGAUGUGCGACUACGUCGUGAAACACGAGAGGGAUGGGACGUACGGGCACACGCGCUCGGUGGCCAAGACGGACUGGAUGGUCGUGCACGAGAAACACACGGACGCGUGCGUGAAGCUGAUGCACGUCCCGGAGCUGGAGUGCGUCGUGAGCGCGUCGAACGACGGGACGAUCGUCGUCGUGGACGUCAGCACCGUGAGGCUCAACUCGUUCCGGGUGAAGAUGACGCUGGAGGCGCACCCGAAAGGGGUGUUGGAUUUCGAUUAUUGCCCCGCGCACAACGUGUUCGCGUCGUGCGGGAUCGGGCGGGACGUGAUGUUAUGGCACGGCAGCACCGGGAGCCGGCUCGGGAUCUUGAAAGGACACGUGUCCACGGUGUGUAAGGUGUGCGUGGACGUCAACCUGCAGCAGGUCGUGUCCGUCUCCGCGGACAAGACGAUCAAAGUCUGGGACCUGAGGAACAACCGAUGCGUGCAGACGAUGGAGGACGCGUGUAAAAAAACAUACCGCCCGGAGGACAGGAUCGCGGUCGUGACGCACGACCCGAGGCACCGACGUCUCAUCACCGGCACGACGCGCCUGCGCGGGUGGUGUCAAACGAUGCGCACGCGCGAAGACCAAGGACACAACCACGCGGUCGUCGGUUGUUUGUACAACGACGCUUUCGACGUCGCCGUGAGCGCGGACGAGAGCGGGGAGAUUUGCGUCUGGAACGUGAGCACCGGCGCGAGGGAUGGGAAGUUUAACAACGCGCACGCGCCGGGGGCUCGGAUCACCGCGAUGACGUUCGACACCCAGGAACGAAGGCUGCUCACGGGCGCGAACGACGGCGGCGUGCGCAUGCACAACCACGACAACGGCCAACUCCUGAAGGAGAUGUUCCACGACGAAGGCAAGGGCGAAGUCACCGCGGUGCUUCACGCGCAGGAUGAGAUACGCGACGCGAAGAUCAUCCUCGCCGCCGGGUGGAACCACCUCGUGAUCGCGUGGAACGACACCGAGGACAGCGAGCUGAGGGAGUACUGGGUCAUGCGCGGGCACGAGGAGGACAUCCUGUGCGCGGCGUACUGCGCGAACACCGUCUGGGUCGCCACCGGGGACUACGGCGGGAAGAUCAUGCUGUGGAACCUGUACAGCGGCGCGCGCCUGGCGACGUGGACGAUCGAGUGCGAGGACGACCACGACGCGCCGUGCGAGAAGCUCUUGUUUCUUCAGACGCGACGGGACGUGAAAGAAGGCCCGGUGCUCAUCAGCGGCGGCGCGGACGGGAACGUGAGAGCGUGGCUCGCGAUGCGGAAAGGACGCCGGGGGCAACGACCGAUCGCGAUCGUCAACGCCGCCGCGUCCGGCGAGGCCGUCGCGGCGAUGAAGACGGACCCGACGGACACGAAACUCUUCGUCGGCGACAGCGCCGGUCACGUCCGCGUGUUCGACAUCGAGAACGUGUUACGAGACGGAAACGUCGAGGACGUCGGCGCGGCGUUCGUCGAGCUCGGCGCGUGGCGGCCGCACAAGCGAGCGAUCGCGUCCGUGGAGUACAUGCCCGCUCGUGAUUUGCUCGUGCUGUCGAGCGUGGACGCGGAGUGCACGCUGUGGACGCUGGAGGGCGCGCAGAUCGGGGUUUUCGGUCAAGCGACGCCGUGGCGGGCGACGAGCGUGACGAGGACGACGUGGAAGAGCGUCGCGCACAAGCGCCGAGUCGGGGGAGGGGACACGAGCGGACGGCCGUGGCGCUUGGACGAGAUGGCGGACUCCGGCCCGGGCGCGGCGGCGUCGAAGAAAGCGAAGCACGCGGAGAUGCUGAAGGCGCUGCUGAGGAGUAAGAGCGACGUCGUCGCCCCAGCGCGUUGCGCCAAAAAAGACGCGGAGGCUCCGGGAGUUUCGCCCCCCGCGCUCGCGGCGGCGACGUAUUUGAAAGAGCGCAAGGAACGCAUGAACCGCCCGGCUCGAUGGGCGGACUUCGAGACGUGCAUGGUGCACGGGAAGUUGCGCGUGCACGAGCUCAGGGAGACGCCGGAGACGUUCACGUCGCCGCCGAAGAGAGGGACGUCGCAGUCGCGAUCCUCCGUCGCGAGAGAGGACCGAGGAAGGAUGUCGGUUUCGUGA